CUAAUUUCCAUGGAAAUUUGCUAGAAAUAAGAAGAAAUAUAUUUCUUAUAUUUUUCCAAUUUCGCCAAUUAUUUUUGAGCGGACGCCAAGUAAAGAUUUCUUAAUAUUCAUUUUGGAACAAUAUCGUCCGCAUCUUUGCGUGGAUUUAUUUCGAGGUAGAAUCUUGAUGAAUUUAUAAAUCUUCUCAUAGGCUCGUUGAUUUCGAAAUCAGUAGAUGAAUUGUGGGUAGUAAUUUCAUUUGUUACUACUGUAUCAUCAAUUUUCAUAGUUUUCAUAGUUCAAAAUCUUGUUAUAAAUACAUUUAUACUUUGAAUUGCUACUCGAAUAAUUUAUUCACAUAUAAGAUUAGACUUCACUAAAUAGUAUUUUUUUUUCUAGAAAUUCAUUUCACUCACCACCACGAUUCCAAAAACAUCAAGAAGUAAUAUCAAAAGUUAAAGUUGACGAUGGAUAUUCUAGUCAAAUGUCUUAUAGUGAUAAAAGCACCAAUGCUUUAAAACGAAGUACAAAUCAAAAGACUUCUUUAAAGUGUAACAAAAAAACAAAUAGAGUAGGAAACAGACCUACAAAUUAUAAAAGUUCAAGUGAUAAUUCGAGAGAAAUUAGACAGAGGCUGAAUAGUGGAAAUAAGGAAAUAGAGGGUUUCUCAAAAAAUAAUUGUAAUAAAAAUUUAAAGAACCCUAAAAUUGUUGCAGAAACUACAAAACCUCUAAGGAGAAUCAAUUACAGAGAUACUUCCCUUAAUAAAGAUAAUUCAUUUAAUGUGGAUAUUUCAUUGAAAGGUGAAAAGAUUUAUUGGAAUGGUGGAAACAUUAAAAAAACUUACAAAAAGAAUAAUACAGUUGAAAAUUGCAGUGGAAGAGAAAACUCUCUUGAGAAGAAUAUUAAAUCAAAUAGAUAUACAAGGUCAAGAUAUUUCACUCCAACUAGUAGUAGUCACUUGAUGGAUAGUGCUGUGAAAAAUAAAUCAAAGGAAACUCAUAUAGAAAAAUAUGAAAGCCUUUCUUUAACCACAAAAAAGAAUUGUAUUCCAAAAGCUGUACAAGAUAACCUUAAAAAUUUGAUAGCUGAUUUUCCUGAAGGAAUUUGUUGUUCUGAAUUGCCUUUGGUUUAUAAGAAUUUUACUGGCAAAGAUCUAUUAUUUGAAGACUUUGGCUAUAGAUGUUUAAUUUACUUAUGUUUGGACCUGGAAAAUAUUUUUUAUUGCAAUAAGGAAUCCCAUUGUGAUUACAGACUCUUUGAUGUAAGAAAACCCCUGCCUGAACUUAAUAUUCCCCAAGAGAAGAGUCUUGAAGAUAUGAUUCAAAGUUUGGAAUCAUCACCUGCAAUUCCAGAAAUGAGAUGGGGUUAUUUUGAAUCCUUUGUCCCUCAUGAUGCAGUGAGGUUGGGAUUUAAACCGCACAGAAUACAAGUGGCUGAGGUAUUGGAGGAAGGUACUAGCAUAAAUGUGACGGUAGCUGAUAUUUAUGAUAUCUCGAAAUUCUGGAUAAUAAUAGAUGACUCACAGUUGGACAAAUUGAUGGAUAACAUGCAAGAGUUCUAUGGCAUAAAUAGAACGAGAUACUUGGUACCGAAAUCUUUAUUGGUAGAAACCCUUUACUGUGUUGUUUUAUUCAAAGGCAAAUUUCAUAGAGCAGUUAUUCUUAACGUGAUGCCUGGUUAUGAGUACCUCAAAGUUUACUAUGUUGACUUUGGAACUUUGGCCAAAGUUUCAAAAACAGAGGUUUGGUUCAUUACUAAAGAAUUUAGUGAACUCCCAACCCAAGCCAUAAGAUCUACUCUUGGCGACAUUUAUCCACCAAACCAAGGUACUACUUGGUCUCCAUCUGCCAAUUAUGAUUUUAGUAGUUUAACAUGCAUGAAAAAAUUCAUUGCAGAAAUUAUAAGGGUGGAUAAACAAAAAAAUUUAGUCGACAUAAAAUUGAAUGAUGGAUAUUCUGAUAUGAGCGAUAUACUAGUAAAUCGUAAUCUUGCUAAAUUCAUAAACAAACCCCAAAAAAAACAUUUUGAUGAUCCUAAUUGUAAACCUAGAGUGCAAUAUGUUCAUCUAUUUCCUACAUUUGAUGAAAUAGAGAAUUGGGUUGUGCCAUGUGUGGAAGAAACUGUAGAGUUUUUGAACACCCCGGUUACUGCCGAUUUCUUGAACUCGCAGUAUUUCAGUAGAACUGUUGAUACGAAUUUAAUCAAAAGCAUUGACAAAAUGGAAAUGACUUGUAAGAAGAAUAAGUCAUUAAUGAAGUACCACAAGUCAUCUGAAAUUUCACUUAACCACAACAUAGAACAAAUUAACAAGAUUGCAUAUGGAGAUUCAUAUAACUUUUUUACAGAAAACAAAACAUAUAAUGUAAUAGAAAAUAAUCAUAUAAAUGAAAGUGAAACUGAAGAACUUGAAGAAAUUCAAGAUGAUGUCUUGAGAGGAAAGGAAAUUGAAGAAAGUGGAUGCAAAGGCACUCCAGAAAAGCAAAAUAUAUCUUUUACAAAUAAGAGAAUAUUUGAUAUUGAAGAUCCUGAUCUUUUAGUUUCAAUAUUGAGACAAAGUAGGAUGAAGAAAUCUUAUCCAAUUCAAACUGAAGUGUCGAGAAGAUUUUAAUACUUACUUACUUUAAUAAUUUAAAAAAUAUUGAAAUCUAAAAGCUUUGCAUAGCAUACCAAAAGAAUAUUAGAAGAAUUAAGUGAAUCUUUAAAUGGAAUCAAUAUUUUAUGCAAAAGCUACAAUACUUCUAGUAACUAAGUAUCAAAUAUAAUUGAUAAAUAUAAAUAUAAUUUAAAUUAUUGUUG